AUGGACCGAUCUUUGCAAGUAUAUAUCUGUAUGUAUCCAUAUUUAGAUGGCAGCAAGCAAUAUAGAUUUGAUGAGCUUAUAUCAUUUUAUCGUCCUUGUCCAAAAAGUCUUGAUAACAUUAAAAGUCACUACCGUCAAAUCCAUCAUCAAAUCCGCCGUCGAACCCACCAGCAUCAUCAAAUCCGCCGUCGGACCCACCAGCAUCAUCACCGUAGUAAUUGUUCUCGACAACGACAGUGUCUGGUCCGUCAUAGUUGUGGUCGUCAAAUGCGUGUUCUAGCAUAG